AUGGCGCCGAAGGCCUUGACGGACUGUCCAGAGAACCUUCGAGAGUCGAUCGACUGGCUCGUGCAGGUGAAGCACGGCGGUGGCAUCUCGAAGCUGUCCAGCGCUCUCGGUAAGUUGUUCGACCAUGUCGCUCAGGACGCUCAGAAAUCUCUGUCGUCUCCCUCCGAGUCAGAUGACCCGUCCGCCGGAGAUGUUAUCUCCAAGCUUCAAGGGUUUCGGAGCUCUCUUCCGCAAAACUCUGCGAAUACUAAUGAAAACAUUUUACAUAAUCUCUGUUCCUCCGUUGCAAAAUUUGUAGGCUAUAAGCCUCCCGGAACCUACGAUGGUUCCGGGAUUGUGUACGGCGACGCCUGCCGUCUGUGCGACGCCAUCAUAGAGUUUUUGCAUAGCGCGUUGAGUGAUGUCUAUGAAAACCAGCCGUACGUCGCUGGUAGAGCUGCGUUGAGUGGUGUGGUUGGUGAGCUUGGAAAAGCCAGGUGGCGUGGUCACCAUGGCUUCAAGACUGCCGUCCCCAAAGUGGCCGGAGGCCUCGGGGAGUAUAACAAAAAAGUCAAGGCUUCUAACGAAAAGGUCAGGAAGCCGAUUGACGACGUUAUCGCAUUUGUGAAAGAUGGUGGUGAGUUGUCUAGAGGCAUUAAUGAUUUGCAGGUGUCGGAUACAUCAACGCCUAGCCAAGAUGAGCAGACUGUGGAGGCCGCUGCGUCCUUGGUGGACCGGUGCAAAGAGGUUGCCAGGGACUUCUCCAAAAAGCUGGAGUCUGCUAAAACCGCCAUAGGUGACCUGAACCCGAAGCUGAGAUCAAAACUUGAGAACGCCAGGAAAAGCUUCUUCAAUCACGUGGGCUGGCUGAGCAAGUGGUCUCGCAAGGGUCAGAAGAAGAAGUUGGACGAGAUGAUUCAUAAAAUCAAGACAAGGCUUAGGAGGCUCGGAAAGGAAGUCAAGGAUAGAAUUAAACAAGAAGUGCACGCGCUUGUCGAAUUGUUGAAGGAGCGUGUUAGGAAGAUUAAAAGGAAGUUGGAAGACAUAAGUGAGAGCCUGGCGAAAUAUGUUCAGGAUCUGGUGAAGUGGAUGGAUGACGCAAAACUGUAUAUUAAUGAAGUAAAGAAGUAUGUUGACAAGAUAUUGGAGGAGAUUUAUGGAGACGAUAAAAAGAAGAUUGAUGAGGCCGCCGGGAAAAUUGAUAAGACACUUAGUGACAAAGUUACAGAGUUGACGAAGUGGAUUGAGGCUGCGGACGCCGCCGUUCAGGCGGCUAAGGUGAAGGCGGAACAGGUACAUGGGAGGUUGGAUCAUAGUGAUAAUAAUGGUCAUCCAAAGACUCCGAUUGGUCAGGGGGUUAAGCAGAUUAGGGACGCCAAGGAUAAAGUUAAGCAAGUUGAUCAAAAGCUUAGCCAGCACAUUAAUGAGCUGAAUCAGUGGAAAGAUGCGGCAAGCGGUGUGCUUACCACAGCGGUUGGGAAGGCAAAAGAGGUGCGUGACAAGUUGAACCCAGAUGCCAAGUCAACAGCCGCUGAGAAAAAGGCCAAGGAAGCCUACGACAAGUUGAAGGUUAAUAAGACACUGGAUGAGAAUGUUAAGAAAAUUGUGCAAGCUAAGGACAGAAUUAAUGAUGUUCAUGAGAAGCUGAAUAGUGUCCAUUCAAGUUUGGGAGAGUGGAAGGAUCAGGCCAGGGAUGUGCUUCAAGGGGCGAUUGGGAAGGCCAAUGAGGUGCGAAUAAUACUCUCGGCGAGAAUGUUAAGAGUCUGGAGCAGUGGAACUCUGCCGCCCAGGGUGUCAUUGGCAAGGCGGAGAGGAGAUAGUAAGAAAGCUAAGAUAGAAAACAGACCCGAAGGUAAGAUUUAUGUGCAAGCUCAAGAGUUACAGAAGAAAGGAAAAGAGCUUUUGGAGGCUGCCAGGACAGCCAAAAAGGCUGUUGAGUCUAAGGUCACUGCAGCCCUUAAGGCUGUUGUGGCCAUGGACACAUCCCUCAAGAGGGAUUUGAAGCAGGUGAAGGAGAAGAUUACAAAUGCAAUUAAAUUGUAUGUUGAGAAGCAAAUUAAUGAAUUGCCUGCGAAAGUGCAAGAGGAUUUGCAGCAGUUGAGGGGGAAUAUUGAGGGGCUUGCAAGUAAUGUCCUUGGUGAUCGCAGUGCAGAUGACCUUGUUAAAGAUGCUUUCACUCAGCUUGAUGCGGCCAAAAAUGCGCUUGCGCGUUACUCAUGUCGGCGCCGGUUCAGCUGCAACGCUGAUUCAGUGGCUUGA